UUCACGAAGUUGUCGAGCUUGCACCUGCAGCUCAACUGCUCCUCCAAGGUACCGUGCGCACAUCUAGCCCAGCUAUAUACCCCUUUCCCACCGGAAUCAUGAAGCGGAAAACUGAGGAGGAAGAGAUUGGUCCUGCUGGGCCCUCCAAACGGCAGCAAAUCGAGACCCUCGACUAUCCCGAACCGCCGCUGGCUCCUCUGGUACCCUUAGCUCCAACGUCGACCGAGUCAGCCACAAACACCCCCAUCCCAGACGACAGCACCAGCGUAUCAUCUCCCACUUCUACCGCCCACCAGCCGCUCACCCCAACGGCCACCUCCGUUCCUCCCUCCGUCUCCUCCCGCCGGUCGCGCAAGUUCCCCUCCGACCUCAAGACCAUCCAAUGCACCUACCCGGGCUGUCCCAAGACGUUCAACCGCCCGGCCCGCCUGGCCGCGCACCUGCGCUCGCACACCAACGACCGGCCGCACCGCUGCCCCUACGCCGACUGCGACAAGACCUACCUCGAGGAGAAGCACCUGACCCAGCACAUCAAGGGCUCGCACACGCACGAGAAGCGGUACGUGUGCGCCGAGGCCGGCUGCGGCAAGGCCUUCGUGACGGCGACGCGCCUGCGCCGCCACGCCGCCGUGCACGAGGGCGCCGAGCGCUUCCGCUGCCGCGGCUACGACGGCUGCAGCCUCAGCUUCCGCAAGCACCAGACCCUGCAGCGCCACGUGCGCGUGGCCCACCUGGGCCUGCCCGCCUUCGUGUGCGGCGCCGAGGGCUGCGAGGCCGGCUUCGACGCCGCCGGCGCGCUGCGCCGCCACGUCGAGCGGGAGCACGGCGAGCUGCGCUUCUGGUGCGAGGAGUGCGCCGGCGACGGGCCCGACGACGACGGCGGCGGCCGCAAGGUCGGCUUCCGCACCCUGCUGAUGCUGCAGGCCCACAUGCGCAAGGAGCACGUCAACUGCGUCUUCUGCGACGUCCGCUGCGGCAGCCAGGCCGACCUGGAGCGGCACGUGGACAUGUACCAUUCCGGCACGACGGUCGAGGACCGGAAGACGGUCGAGUGCACCUGGGAGGGCUGCGGGAAGAAGUUCACGCGCGUGUCAAACCUCAACACGCAUAUUCGCACGGCGCACGAGGGCCGGCGCUUCGUGUGCGGGCAGGUGGAUACCUUUGAGACGGAGGACAUCGCCGACUGGAACUGGAUGGAGGAAGGGUGCGGGCAGGCGUUCAUCAGCAAGCUGAAGCUGGAGGAGCACGUGCGGUACGUGCACCUGGGGAGGAAGCGGCCGCCGCGGCUAGUCACGGUGAAGUCGGCGCUGCCGGGCGAGGCCGACGAGAUGUCCGCGGCGGUGCCGAGGAGGACGAUCCCGUGCUCGGUCGAGGGCUGUCCAGCCAAGUUCAUGCGCCACCACGAUCUCGAGAAGCACCUGCAGAAGCACUUCCAGAAGCCUCGCGGCGAGCCGCAGCAAGACGAGAGUCCCAUCGACCCCCGGUUGCAGCAGGGGCCCGCAAACGACGAGCAGUUCUUCAUCGAGUCGGCCGUGCCCGCGGUGGAUGAGCCGAACUUUGACUCGGAGUGGGCCGAGAUGCGGCGCCUGAUCGACAUUGAUGCGUUGGUCGACGCGAAGGGUGAGAGAUGAAAUUAAGAAAACACGGUUCGGCGUUCAUGGCUAGGUCGGAGUGCAUAUACCCCUAUUUGCUGUUGUUUGGUCGGGCUGCCAAUGCCGCUGGCUGGGGGGAGGGUGGAGGCGGGAACAUUGCAGCAUGCACCGAGUCUCUCAUCGAGGCUUUGAAAGCAGAUCGGCCAAAUCAUCGCAUGUAUCAGCUAUCAGCGCGAAAUACAGCGCCGUCAAGUCUAUCAGACUACGGCUCUAUCCAAUCAAUCCCAAGACACCGCAUGCUCUGCGAGUCCCUCCCCUACCCAGAGUAUCAUCACAUACCCUCAUUAUCCACUUCCAUUUUUUUCAAUAACCAGCCUCUGCAGAACCUCCCCCCCACCCCUUCCUCCCCAAACAGUAUCCCU